GGCCCGGCCGGGGAGCGCACGCCGGCCCGGCGCCGGCAGUCGCUGCGGGGUGAGGGGACGUGCGCCUCCGUCGUCUCCUUAACGCGGUCGCAGCCGCCCCCAGCAGCUCUCCACCUUCGCCCUGACGCUGUACAAGCACCGCGCUCGCGUGGACGGGAAGCCGGUCCUAGUGGAUUUCUGGGACACAGCUGGGCAAGAGAGGUUCCAGAGCAUGCAUGCAUCCUAUUACCAUAAAGCUCAUGCUUGUAUCAUGGUGUUUGAUGUGCAGCGAAAAGUCACCUACAAGAACCUGAGCAGCUGGUACAAGGAGCUGAGAGAAUUCCGCCCAGAGAUCCCUUGCAUUGUGGUAGCCAAUAAAAUCGAUGCGGAUAUGAAGGUGACGCAGAAAAAUUUCAACUUUGCACGGAAGUUCAGUUUACCCUUUUACUUUGUGUCUGCUGCAGAUGGCACUAAUGUAGUGAAGCUCUUCAAUGAUGCUAUCAAACUGGCAGUUGCUUAUAAACAGAAUUCAGGAGAUUUCAUGGAUGAGGUCAUGCAAGAACUGGAGAGCUUUGACCUUGAGAAGAAGAGUGAGAAUUUGUCGGAUAAGGAGGAGAGCUUUCCUGAAGAGAAGCCCCCAUCUGCCUAAGGACCAGACCCUGAGUCUAUCAUGUCUCUCUGCUCCAGUUGUCAGGGGCUAGUUAGAGCUGUCCUCCACAGAGGAAAGCAAUCUUUCUCAUGCCCUGAGAACUCUGGUGAUGGGCAGCAGGGCCUUUCUCCUUGUGGGGGCCUGACCGUGACCUUCUUUGACUGGGCCCUAACCCUCUGCACAUCACAGUCAAGGAAACAGUGAAGUAUCCACUCUGUUACUAGUUACCGCAUGCUUCUUCAAGGCAAAGCUUGCUGGGAGAGCUAAGCCACUGCUGGACCUGCAGAGAAGGGUCCUGCCCAGAUGCUUUAAUAGUAUCUACUGGAGAAAACAAACACUAAAGAUUUUUUUUUAAAGGUUUGAA